UCGACCAUAUGGUCUUCAACCAGUCCAGGAAUAUAUGAUUCAAUGUCUCGCCCGGGAGAAGAACGAACGAGGGAGGGAGAGCUUGUUGCAGUUCCACCACACGCACUGGAGUUUUCAAGGGUUUGUACCCACAAAAACAAAAACAGUUUCUCGAUUAUUUUAAUUGUUGAUGCCACGUGUAGAAGAAUUAAUCCUACUGCAAACAAUAUGAGAGCUGAUUGGCAGAUGUAAUUUGUCAAGGGUGCGUGAAUAUUGCAGAGUAUAAAUCUUGGCCGCCAGCCGCCCGACUGAAAUGAACACAUUUCACGCUAGGUAGGCCGGCUGUUACCAUGUAAAAAGGCGUGGUGUGAUGAUGAAAAUGAACUUGUCAGAAUUUGUUACUGUCUAACACUGUUGCAGAGCGCUCAAUUAUUGCCAGCUUAUCCCGUAACAGAUGAGGGUUUCCGAUUCACGCAGGUGGCUUCAGGAUCAGAAUCUCAAGGAGUAGUUUCACAUUUGCAUAUUGAGGACUAGGAAGACAAUGCUCACCAGUUUGAUGGAUUCAUUUUGAAGAAGAAGAUAAAAGAAUAUGGUACGGGAACAAUACCUGACAACGCAAGGCAGUAGCCUACAAAGACCUGAGAAUCAAUAUGUCUACAAGAUUGGAAUCUAUGGCUGGAGAAAGCGCUGCCUUUAUUUAUUUGUGCUGCUGCUUCUCAUUAUCCUGGUGGUGAAUUUUGCAUUAACAAUCUGGAUUCUCAAAGUGAUGUGGUUUUCCACAGAUGGAAUGGGACACCUGAGAGUUACGGAAAAUGGGAUUCGACUGGAGGGAGAGUCGGAGUUUCUUUUCCCUUUGUACGCCAAAGAAAUCCGCUCCAGAACGGAUUCUCCUUUGUUUGUGGAUUCUUCCCAAAACGUGACGAUUAAUGCUCGUGAUUCUAAUGGACAUGUGACUGGCAGAUUAACCGUGGGUCCCAACACACUGCAAGCCCAUGGAAAACAUUUUGAGGUCCUCUCAAACACAGGCAGAAUGCUGUUUUCGGCAGCGGAGAAGGAGGUGGUGGUUGGCGCGGACAGACUACGAGUCACAGGGGCGGAAGGUGCUAUCUUUGAACACUCGGUGGAGACCCCAGUCGUCAGGGCUGAACCUUUCAAGCAGCUUCGAUUAGAAUCUCCAACUCGUUGUCUGAGCAUUGAUGCACCAAAAGGUGUUCAGAUCAAAGCAAGAGCUGGGAAUAUUGAAGCUUCUUCACAGAGGGACAUCGUGUUGCAUACCAGUGAAGGAACGGUGGUGCUGGAUGCAGAGACGGUGAAACUGCCCAAGCUGCCUCAUGGGUCACAGGGAGGACCGGGACGUUCUCAGGGACUGUAUGAGGUGUGCGUGUGUCCGGAUGGAAUGCUCUACCUGUCCGUGGCCGGGGUCGGCUCCACCUGCCAGGAAUACAGUCGGGUCUGCCAGUGAGCAGCGCGGCUUCUUCCCGACCCCCUUCCGCGCUCCCGACCCCUCGCCCCCGCUGCUUCAUGAAAACAGCUCCCAAAAUAAACGCAGCUGCAAGAGUCCGUGCCGUAGCAUCACGCAGAAUGCCGUGAAAGACUUCCACCUGUGAGCACGUCUUAUGACCCGAGAUAUUAGACCGAAACCCCUGACUACCCUCGAAAAACAAUCUGCUUACAAAUGGACAAAAAAAAGAGCACAAUUCAGAACGUUCAUUUCAACUCCAACAGUGGAUGCGAAGAGUGGCUUGGACUCAAUUGUCUUUGGUGCAGGGACAACUUUAUUUAAAGCCCCACAUAAUGGAUUGGAAUGAGAUUUAGUACAGUUUCCUAGCUCCUAUAUCGUAACAUUUUUAUUAUAGGAAAGAAUUAUGGUCUCUGAAUUACAGAUCAAUAUUUUCUAUUCGUGCAUCAGUCUGACCUCUACAUCUACCAACUCCUUACGCCGAUCCGAGCAAUUCAUUUUUUAAUGAUAAAAGUACAUUGUAUUUAAUUACAUUUUGAUACAUUUAACAGCAGAGACUGGGGUGAUUUUGACCUGUGUCUGCUAGAUCUCUAUGCAAUAACUCUUUUUCUUUUACUGCAAUAACAUUUGAACGACAAGAGCUGUGCUUUUUUGUACAAAACUACGAUGUGGAAUAAAAUAUCCAAAGUUUGUAAAAUCUGUAUGUGAACCACAGUAUUAAAGCUACAGUCCCCUUUCUUAGUCUUUUUUAUAAAGCUAUGUUAAAAUGUGUAAAAAUAAAAUUACGCUUACCCUA